ACAAAAUUCUUCGCACAAACCCCGCCGCCGUCCCGUGUGAAACUGGUUCAGGAAAUUUCUUAACCCUUUGUAGCCAGUGUGAACGCAACAAUGUUUCCCGCAAAACAAGCACUACGCAAAAGCCCUCAGGCCAUGCCCGCCAGGUGUCAUGCUCAUAAUGGUACACUCACCAGGGUCAGGCCAAUGGCCUCGCGCCACGUCACCCGCACGUUCUUAUUCUGUACCCCUCGGUACGCGAGCGUAUCGUCGCGUUCGUCAUAUUGAACUCUCGUUCGCCGCAUUUGGUGAAGAAUCGAAGGAUUUCUGCGCACGCCAUUGCUGAGGUUCUUAAAACGAAAGAAUGCCACUAAAGAGAAAGAAGUUUUAAACCUUGGAGAUGGUUGCAAUUGGAAGACAUUGCUUUGCUCUAGAGGAAUGUGGAGCAAAUAGGUGGAAUGGAUAUGCAUGAGAACAAGGUAACAACUGAGACACCACAGAGAAAGUCUGCAUCCUUAGCAAAAUUGAAGAAGAAUCGUAGUAAGCGGAAAGAUGGGGGUGCAAAAGGAUGGGCAACGGCAAGCUCUGAAAUCUUGCGGCCUGCAGAUGAGGAAUUAUUGACAGAGUCUUUCCCUCCCAGAAUUGUUGUUUGGGGAAAGCGUGGAGGGAAGUACUGGUGGCCUGCACAAGUUGUCAAAAGGGAAGAAGUUCCUGAAGGUUUACGUAGACAGGCGAAGAAUGCAUCAGUUUGUGUUAGUUUUUUUGGAGCUACUAAAGAACCUGCAGGUCAAAGCUUUGCUUGUUUGAAGUCCGGAGAAGUACUGUCUUAUGCCAAACAUCAACAAGAAUUUACGGCGCAGAAUUUUGCAGAUAAAUGUGAAACUGGAAAUUUUGAGGCAGCUGUGGUUCAAGCCAAGGAAGCCUUGGACAAAGUUUCCAUGGAAUCAAAAAAGACAUAUUUUCGCCAAGGUCGUGCUUCUAGGAAAAAGGAAAACUCCAUGGAGAUGAGAGAAAAUAAACCUAACGAGGUUAAGAUGCAAGAUAACGAGUUAGCUUCAACACCUAAGCGCAAGAGAUUUUCUGGUACAGGAUCAGGCGAGCCUUGUGAGAGUGAAGCUGCUGACCCAGCUCAUGAAUCACCUAGUGUUGCAUCAUCCAAAAAACGUUCUAGGCGGAUGAAAGAUGCUAAAAGUGAUCACUCAGCAAGGAAAACGAAAGGAAAAGAUGGAUAUUAUUUUGAAUGUGUUGUCUGCGAUGCUGGUGGCAACUUGCUUUGCUGUGAUCGCUGCCCUCGAACUUAUCAUCUACAGUGUCUUGACCCACCCCUUAAGCGCACUCCACCUGGAAAGUGGCACUGCCCAGUUUGUCGUGAACAAAUUGAAGAACCAAAAAUCUUAAAUCAGUCAUCCACAGAAUCAAAGCGAUCAAGAGCUAAUAAAAGUCACGAGGGAUUAAAGACGAAGCCAAUGGCUCUUCGUUCUCGUAAAGCUCAACCAAAAGAAGAGAAUUCAAAUUCUGGGAAGAAGAUUGAUGCUUCAUGCAAGGAGGUUCCUGCCGAAAAGUCACGAAAAAGGAAAGAUGAAAAGGAUGAAAAGGAUGAUCGAAAGAAGAAAAAAAAUGUAGAGGAAAAUAGUGUUCCUGCAACUUGUAGCCAGUGUGGACUUGAGAUGACUCUCUUAGAUCAUAAAGAAAGUAAUGAAGGACUUUGUGACAAAUGUAAAAAGAAAGAUGGGGAGCCCACAGCUGUUCUUACAAUGGAGGAUCCUAAUGUAUUUCCACUCCCACUUGUGGAAGAGAACAAGAAUCCCCCAAUGGAGAUUGGGUUCAGUUCUAAAUGUGAAGCAGAUGAACUGAAGGCUCCAGAAGAUAUGUUGCAGGUUGAUCGUGUUCUAGGAUGCCGUAUCCAAGAUCAAGUGGUUGUACCUUCAGUUUCGGAAAUAUCAGUGCAAAUGCAAUUGCCUCCUUUAAUUGUGCACAGCAAAAGCAGUUCUCUAGCUGCAACAGAUGGGUUGUCCACACUGACUUCUGACAAAUCUUUCCCUGACCACAACACAGCUAGGUCAGGGUCCUGUAAUUUAAACAUUUCAGGAGUCGUCUCAAAGAAUCGUGGCAGAGAGUAUUGUGAUGUAUCAACUAAUGAUCAAGGAAAUGUGUUGCUUAAAAAUAAAAUUUCUGAUACCAAGAGUAAGAAACGUAGAAAAAAGGAAGCAUCUGGAGGAAAAAUUUUGCAAAUAGAGGAGAGCUCUGGCACCAGCUCCGGUGUCAGAGAAAAAUCUACUCACUCAAGCUCAUAUACUAAACCAGUGAUCACAUCCAGACAGAGUGCAUGUGCCAUAGAUAUGACAAACAAUGGGACCGCUGAAUCUUUACUAGAAACCAAUCCAGCUUCAAAAGGUUCUUUGAAAAUUGAAGAAAGGCUUGAGAAUUUUUUGCUACCUCCAGAUAUAAAGCUUCAGUCAAGUAAAGAUAUUGUAAAUCACCAGGAUUCCAAAAAUGACAUAGGGCCCAUGGAGAUGCAGAAUGACACCAGAGACUCAUUAAGGGCACCCUGUUGUGUAAAUAAGUCAGGUGAACAUGGAGAAGCUGGUGGUGAAAGGAAGGAAACAGAUGCAACUAACCACUAUUCAGUAUCUCAAACAAAUCAAUCGGUAUGUAGAAAAUUGCCUUCCACUGUGCAAGUGGAGAAUUUUGAAUUGGAAUUUUUGGUCAAGUGGGUGGGAAAAUCUCAUAUCCAUAAUGAAUGGAUUUGUGAAUCAAGACUGAAGACACUUGCAAAGCGAAAGCUUGACAACUAUAAAGCAAAAUAUGGGACUGUACCAAUGAAUAUCUGUCAGGAAAAGUGGUGUCAACCGCAACGAAUUGUGGCUCGUUGUGAUGUGCAAGGAGGUGUUUCAGAGGCUUUCAUUAAGUGGUGUGGCUUGCCUUAUGAUGAAUGCACUUGGGAGCAUUUAGAUGAGCCUGUGAUUGCAAGAGCUGAACAUUUGAUCUCUUAUUUUGAAGAAUUUGAGAAGAAGGCAUUAGCUGAAGAUGAAUGUGGAGAUGCUUCUGGAGGUAUUGACUCUGCUACUAAGAAAACACAGAGACCGAGUGAAAUUGAACCACUUACAGAACAGCCCAGUGAACUGAAGGGAGGUUCCUUGUUUCCUCAUCAACUGGAAGCAUUGAAUUGGCUGAGGAAAUGCUGGCAGAAGUUAAAAAAUGUUAUCUUAGCUGAUGAAAUGGGCCUUGGGAAAACUAUUUCUGCAUGUGCUUUCAUUUCAUCAAUAUAUAAGGAAUUCAAGGCAAAAUCCCCAUGCUUGGUUUUGGUUCCAUUGUCAACUAUGCCAAAUUGGCUUGCGGAGUUUUCUUUAUGGGCUCCUCAUCUAAAUGUGGUUGAAUAUCAUGGAAGUGCAAAAGCAAGAGCUGCAAUUCGACAAUAUGAGUGGCAUGCUGGUUCUGCUAAAGGGCUAGGUAAACAGCAGAAGGCAUACAAGUUCAAUGUAAUGUUGACGACUUAUGAAAUGGUAAUUGCUGAUUCCAGUCAUCUUCGGGGAGUACCUUGGGAGGUGUUAAUUGUUGAUGAAGGGCAUCGCCUGAAAAAUGCAGGAAGUAAGCUUUUUACAUUGCUGAAUACAUUCUCAUUUGGCCACCGUGUACUCUUGACUGGUACCCCCUUGCAAAAUAAUCUUGGUGAAAUGUACAACUUAUUGAAUUUCUUGCAACCAGAUACUUUCCCAUCAUUAUCUGCAUUUGAAGAAAAGUUUACUGAUCUCACCACUGCUGAAAAAGUUGAAGAGUUGAAGAAACUUGUUGCACCUCAUAUGCUUAGAAGGCUUAAGAAAGAUGCUAUGCGAAAUAUUCCCCCCAAGACUGAGCGUAUAGUUCCCAUGGAACUCAGUUCUGUACAAGCCGAAUAUUAUCGUGCAAUGCUUACAAAGAAUUAUCAGAUUCUGCGUAAUAUUGGAAGAGGUGGAGUCCAGCAGUCAAUGCUUAAUAUUGUCAUGCAAUUGCGGAAGGUCUGUAAUCAUCCAUAUCUCAUACCAGGUACUGAACCAGAGACUGGAUCUGCAGAGUUUCUGCAAGAAAUGCGCAUAAAGGCAUCGGGUAAACUGACAUUAUUACAUUCUAUGCUUAAAAUCUUGAAAAGGCAAGGCCAUCGUGUUCUCAUAUUUUCACAAAUGACAAAGCUGCUUGAUAUUCUGGAGGACUAUCUUACUUUUGAGUUUGGGCAGUAUUCCUACGAACGGGUAGAUGGAUCAGUGUCUGUGGGGGAACGCCAAACAGCUAUUGCACGUUUUAAUCAGGACAAGUCACGUUUUGUUUUUCUCUUAUCAACUCGCUCUUGUGGGCUUGGGAUCAAUCUGGCUACUGCUGAUACUGUAAUUAUUUAUGACUCUGAUUUCAAUCCGCAUGCUGAUAUACAGGCGAUGAACCGUGCCCACCGCAUUGGGCAGUCAAGCAGGCUUCUGGUUUAUAGACUUGUUGUACGUGCAAGUGUAGAAGAGCGAAUCUUGCAACUUGCAAAGAAAAAGCUAAUGUUGGAUCAUCUUUUUGUUAAUAAGUCAGGUUCUCAAAAGGAAAUAGAAGACAUCCUGCGGUGGGGCACUGAAGAGCUUUUCCAAGAUUCUGGUGAUGCUACUAAUAAAAUUGCACAUGAUGGCACAAGCCAUUUAGAAGGUACCAAUGAAGUGGAACAAAGGCAGAAAAGAAAAGUUGGUGGUUUGGGGGAUGUCUAUGAGGACAAGUGUCAUACUGAUGGGUAUUCAAAAAUUGUUUGGGAUGAUGCCGCAAUUGCACGUUUGCUGGAUCGUUCAGACCUUAAUGGUGGGAGCUCUGAAGCAAUAGAGGGAGAGUCUGAAACAGACGUACUAGGAUCAUUGAAGGCCUCGGAUUGGAGCGAACAAGAAAUAGCAGAGGAACAAGAGGGUGGUAAUGUGGGUGCAAAUAUGUCUGGAGAAACUGCUCUUCAAGGAGAGCAGAAGAAGGCGGAAACUAGUCCCAACAACACAGAAGAAAAUGACUGGGACAAGCUUUUGCGUACAAGAUGGGAAAGAUAUCAAAGUGAAGAAGAAGCAGUUCUUGGGCGUGGAAAGCGAUUGCGGAAAGCUGUAUCAUAUAAGGAAUCAAUUGGACAGCAUGCCACAGAAGCUUCUAAUGAGAGUGGAAAUGAAGACAAUGAUGAUUGUGAACCUGAAUAUACUCCAGCUGGCCGAGCGUUGAAAAAUAAAUUAGCAAAGCUUCGAGCUCGGCAGAAAGAACGCAUUGCCCAAAGACAGGAGUUAGAAAGUUUCCUAUUGAAUAAUUAUGGUUUUAGAUCAUACCCAGCUGUGGGUUUGCUUGGUAGGUACACUCAACCUGAAGAUACACAUGCAGGGGACCAACAUGCAGAGACUAAAGUUUCUCAAAUGGCUUGUACAGCAGAAGGCAGUGGAGAGAGAUCUAGAAUAUUUAUAGACAAUAGUCAUUCCCAAGGUAUUGAUUUGUAUUGUAGUCUUCCAUUGAAACAGCUUAGUGACAUGAAUCUUACCGUGGAUAAAAAAACAGAUGCAAAGGGUAAAGAGGAAGGAAUGUGCAAACAAGAAAGUACAAGCUCUCAUCCUCAAGUGGAGCAGUGUGUCACAUCAUCAUCUGGGUUUCAAGGUCCAAACAUACUCAACAGCAGUAAAAUGGAAAAUCAUAAUCCAGUUUUGCCAUUGUCCAGUGUGCAAUCAUUAGCAGUUGACAAGAUCCCAUUUCAAUCUUAUACUUCAGUGGAGUCAGUGCAGAUCUCACAAGCAGGUAUAGGCUGGAAACAGUUUCUUGAAACAGUUCCUGAAAAGACACAAAGCUAUAACUUCUCACUGAAAUCAACUGGCAAGAAAGUUUCACAUCAAGAGAAUGCUGUGAGUGGCAAAGAACAGAAAGUUUCAGAAUCUCAAGCAAAAAAUGCACAAGUUCUCGUUCCCUUUGUUGCACCAGAGAUGACAUUGAAUUCAUUCUCGUCAGGCAGGGAGGGAGAUGAAGUAAAAAUGCUUUAUAAGCAUGGAAUAGGCGAUGUUUCUAAUAGUUUGCACAAUUCCUCAGCAAAAUCUGUUGAUGGUCAGCAGCAACAAUACAAGAGCCUUGGACAAGAAGGUCGUUCUUCUUUUAUUUGGGCACCACCCAAUGCUGCUGCUAACCAGGUUGUCUCACCACCAGGUUUCCUUUCUGGGAGGGUUCCAUAUCUACAUUCCAUUUCAGAUGUUAGCAAGUCUGUUCCUCAUGGAAAAGCUCCUGUGCUGCAUACUCCUUUAGAUGAAAAGCGUCAAUCACAAUUACCAACGGUUAAAACCACCACACAUCAUCAUGUGUUCCCGAAGUUUUCAUCACCAUUGAACAUUGAAAAUAUUUAUGAUCCAUUGCAAGAUCUGCCAGCUGUCACUUCAGUAACUAAUAUAAGGUCACACCGAAACGACACAUUACAUAAUCCUCAACCAGCUGUGCCUGCAAGGGGAGUAGUGACAUCUGCAUAUGGGCUAACUUCUGGUUAUAUUUCAUAUGCCAGAGAUAUGGGCUCAUCUGCCAGUAUUGGUAAUAGGUAUACAGAUACUGUUCGAAUGAGCUCAGGAACAUCUAGCCAGUGGGAUGAGUAUGCAAUGCAUUCCCACAAAAGAUGGGAGACCUUGGAACCCUGGAGUGAAGAUGAAUUGGAUGCCUUGUGGACUGGAGUACGAAGGCAUGGUAGGGGCAAUUGGGAUGCUAUGUUGCGGGAUCCUAAACUUAAGUUCUCGAAAACCCGAACUGUAGAAGAUCUUGCUGAUCGAUGGGAGAGUGAACAAGCAAAAAUGUUUGGUGGACCACCACCUCUGAGAACUAUGAGGCAGGAAAGUGUUCCAGGCCACAUGGAUGGGCCAUUCAGAAGUCCGUCAGUUGGGAAUAAACUCCCUAACUUUAGCAUUGACCAUGGGGUCUCUUCUAGAGUGCAGAGUCACAUCACAGAGAAAGUGCUGGCACAUGGCGAUUUCUCAGGUACGAGGCCCCCUUGGCUUGAUAGCAAUGAAGGAAAGAAUUGUGCCAAAUGGCCACCCUUUAAUUUAAUGAGUGAGCAAACACCUCCUGUACCACCCUUCAAAGGAGAUUUUUCUGCUAGUAAGGCAGGUCUACUUGGGGAGAUGGUUGUUGGAGAUGGAGGAGGUGUUGGGAGGAUCUCAUCUAGGGAUCAAGGAAAGCAAUUGGCAGAUGGAGUGGACAGGUUUUCAUUGUCUGGGAAGAUGCAUGCAGAGUCUUCUUUUCCAAUGUACCCUGCAGCAGGGAAACCUAUUUCAACCUUCCAAUCUGGAAAAAGCUUAAAAGAGUAUGAUUAUGAAGCUAGCAGGAAAGAUGAACAAAGGUCCAAUGUCAAGCAAGGUGGUAAUAGAAGCAGUUGGAAUGUUGAAAAUAAUCAAGCAAAUUGUGAGAGGGAAUCAGCUUGUAUGCCAGUGCUACAGAGGGAAUUGACUGAUCCGAUCAAGUAUUUGAGAUUACCAAGUUAUCUGGACAAGUCACUGAAUAAGCUGCGUGACUACCAAAACAUUAACUUUGCGGCCGUUGCUGCAGAAACUGGAAAUCAUGCAUCUGACCAUAGACCACAAGAUGGAUUUGCAUCUAAUCUUGAUCGCAGACAUGAUAGCUGGGGCAUGGACAAGAAAAAGUCCAGAGACAGUCUUCGUAUGUCACAGCCAACAAUUUUGAACGAUGAAGAAGGUCCACGUGGCUCUUCUGUCACAAACAGUUUACCUCAUUGGCUGAGAGAAGCCUUCAAAAUACCUUCUCGUCCAGCAGAACCAGCUUUGCCUCCGACAAUCACUGCUGUUGCUAAUGCAGUAAAUUUGCUUUAUGGAGAUGGCAAACAGAUUCUCUCUCCUUUUGUAUUUCCUGGACCUCCUCCCUCUCCGCCAAAAGAUCUCCGUAGAAGACUGAAGAAAAAGAAAAAACAUCGAAAGCAUGGUCAUGGGCUUUCCCACAUUGUUCCCAGUGAACAGGUGGCUAACAACAUACUUCCAAACAUAGUCAUGACUAGCUCCCACAGUCAGCAUACCUCUAGGGCUUCGGUGCCUGGAUUUUCAUGGAAGGAAUCUAAAGUUGGUCUCCCUUCUGUGCCAGUUACCAUCCAGUCUAGUUCAUUUACAAAUCCUUGUGUGGCAGCCAAAUUUCCAUUACCUGAUUUUUUUAAACAGUCAAGCUGUUGUAUGCCUUUAAGCACUGCAUUAUUAAGUGCUGAUUCAAAACCAGCAUUGCAAUUAAGUUAUGAAAGUGCCCCAUCUUCAAAUUCUCGUUUACCAUUAUCAAACCUUCAGAAGGCUACAAUAACAGAUCCAUCCACUUCAGCAGUUGCUGAUGUGCCUCGCAUAGAAACCUCUUAUUGUGCCCCUGUGUUUGCCUCAUCUCGAAAUCAGAUACAGAGGCUUUUUGAUUUGACUGGAGUGGGUGAAGUUUCGAGUUUAAGUCAGCAUAUGAAGGCAUCCAGCUUAGAAGGCGUUCGUUGCUCGACAUCAAAAACUUCAAAGCACACGGUGGUAAACGAUAAUGACAGUAUAGGUAGAACUGAUAGUGGUGAUUCUUCAAGUAAAACACAUACAGAUCCUUGUAGAGUAAAUCAAGAUGAUGAUUUGAGCAAUCACAAUGAAGUUUCAUCAGAAGAGACUAUAUCUGAUGAUUGCAGCAGCAGACCUGACUUGUAACCUUAUAAUGAAAUUUAUUCAUUUUACCUUGAUCCUUAUAGAAAGAAGGGUCUAAAUAGAAAGAAGGGUUUAAUUCUUGUGCCUUGAGGCUUUCAAAAGCAUUGUGUAUGGGUUCUCUUGGAUGCCUGUCUUUCAAGCAAGCUCCUCUUACAUGCCUUUGACAAUUUUGUAGUUGUGUUCCUGUACUGUUUGUGGGCGUUUUCAUGUUCACACAGCUGCUCGCCAUUUUUUAAAUUGAUGUGCAAAUGUUUGGUUCU